ACAACUUCCAUGGGAGGAAUGGCGAGUACCCAAGCAGGACUUCCAGGAGGUACCACGGGAGCAUCAGCGAGUGCUACCACGGGAGCCAAAAAGAAAAUUACAGGUGGCACGGACUUCAGAGAAGCUGGAUCAGGGGCCCCGACUGCACCCACAAUAGGACGUGAGGAGGAGACCUCAGCCAGCGAACCAAGCCCAGGAGCGACAAGCCCAGGAAAAUCAGGGACUACAGGACCCUCAGCUGGUGAACCGACUAGAGCACCGAGCGGUGAAGUGACACCAUCUAAAGAAGACACUGCUAGAGUAGCAACAGGAAAUCAAGAAACUGAAAAUAAAGCAGGAUGCCCAGCACCACUUCCACCACCUCCAGUUUGCCAUGGCCCACUGGGAGAAGAGAAAUCUCCUGGAGACAUCUGGACUGCUAAUUGCCACAAAUGCACCUGUACUAAUGCAAAUGCUGUGGACUGUAAGCCCAAGGAGUGCCCUUCUCCACCCACAUGCAAGACUGGAGAGAGGCUUGUAAAGUUCAAAGAUAACGACACCUGCUGUGAAAUUGGAUACUGUGAACCAAGAACAUGUUUAUUUAACAAUAUCAACUAUGAGAUUGGUGAUUCAUUUGGGGACCCCAACAACCCAUGUGUCACCUAUUCUUGUGACAGGACUGGUUUCAUUGCAGUGGUUCAAAACUGCCCACAUCAGACCUGGUGUGCGGAAGCAGACAGAGUCUAUGAUUCAAAAAAAUGUUGCUAUACAUGUAACACUAAUUGCAGGUCUUCACUCGUGAAUGUCACUGUUAAGUACAAUGGUUGCAAGAAAAAAAUUGAGAUGGCAAGAUGUGUAGGGGAAUGCAAAAAGACCAUCAGGUACAAUUAUAACAUCUUUCAGUUGGAAAAUUCCUGCCUUUGCUGCCAAGAUGAAAGCUACGAGUUCAGAGAAAUUGUUCUUGACUGUCCUGGUGGCAGUACAAUAGCUUACAGAUACAGGCACAUCACAAAGUGUUCUUGCUUAAACAAGUGCUAUGCAUCUACAUCCUCAAGUGCCUCUUAAUGUUAACAUUACCUUUCUAGUUAUAACUUGCGGGUAUUUAUUUUACAAGUAAGGAAAAAAUAAUCACUCAGUUGUGAGACUAAAGAUUUGUAUCUCAAUCAAAAAGUGAAUUCUCAUUAUAAGUCAUUUUGUUCUGUUGUUGACUUGAUCUGUAAAAAUAAAUAAAAUUUUGCAAGCAAUUA